AUGCAAGCCUACUCCAGUAAUGGGUCCUUGGAUGGAGGUUCUAUCUCCCACUCUGUCAAUAUCUCUAAUGAAAGCCAGGGUUUCUCCAAUGAUUUCAGAAUAAUUCAAGCUGUGUUGAUUUCCUGCAUGAUCAGUGUAGCAGGAAUGGGAAAUGCUCUGGUCAUUCUCGGUUUUAUAAUGAAUAAAAAACUUAGGACUCCAAGUAACUUCUUUCUAUUAAAUCUGGCCAUUAGUGACUUCAUCACAGGUACUUUCUCUCGCCCACUGUACCUGAUGAAUUUCAUUAUCAACAAAGAAUGGGUUCUUGGGAAGCAUAUUUGCAAGCUUUGGCUCACAGUUGACUACACCUUGUGUCAGUGUUCCGUUUAUAACAUUGUUCUCAUCAGCUGUGACCGUUUUCUGGCUGUCACCAUGGCAGUAAAAUAUCGGGAUCAGCAAAAUAAAAUGAAGCUGGCCUUUGUGAAGAUCCUUUCUGUCUGGAUUGUAGCCUUCCUUAAUUUUGGCCCAGCAAUAAUAAUCUGGGAGUAUGUGGUGGGUUACAGCAUAGUGGCAGAAAGAAGUUGCCAUCCAGAAUUUUAUUACAUAAGCCGCUACUCACUUUACUCCUCUAUUUUUGACUUUUUCAUUCCAAUGACAGCAAUCGCAUUUUUUAACCUCAGUAUAUACUUUAAUAUCAGGAGUAGAAUGAAGAGUAAAGUCCAAUCUCCUGACAAUAAUUUAACUCUUUUAUCAGAAGGUUUAAGCGAUGACAUAUUUGUCAUAGAUUGUAAAAAAGACGACUCAAAUAGUUCGGCAGCUUUGAAACAACCCAAUCAGGAUCUGUGUACGAAUAAGCGUGGCUUCUUAAGAUAUUUUGUAGUGAUUUGUAAAAGCAAUCAUACUCAACCAGCUACAAAAACUAGUGGAAUGUCAAACAGAGUUCAGACCUUGGAUUCUGCCAAAAAAACUCAGCAUUGUCCAAGGACAAGAAAAUGGCAAAAUCAUUAUCUCUGCUUGUUUGUGCACUUUGCAUUUGUUGGUCACCACUUUCAUUGCUUACUAUUAUCUCUGCUGGCUUUUGUGAUUUUUGUGUGCCUCCAGCUGUGUUUGAGGCCUCCUGCUGGCUGUUCUUCUUGA